CAAGAACGAAAAAAAAUAUCCUCCUUUCUUCCUCUUUACUCAUUUUAUCUUUUCUCCAAAUGGAUCGUCUAUUUCUCUUAUCUCUUCUCGCUUUCGCACUUUUCUCGUCGGCGAUAGCGUUCUCCGACGAGGAUCCGUUGAUCCGACAAGUCGUGUCCGAAACUGAAACCGAUGACAGUCAUCUGUUAAACGCCGAACAUCACUUUUCACUUUUCAAGUCAAAGUUCGGAAAGAUCUACGCUUCGGAAGAGGAACAUGACCAUAGGUUCAAGGUAUUCAAGGCAAACCUCCGCCGUGCGCGGCAUCAUCAGCUCCUUGACCCUUCCGCCGAACACGGUAUUACAAAGUUCUCCGAUCUUACUCCGUCGGAGUUCCGCCGGACUUACCUUGGACUUCACAAACCAAAACCAAAGCUUAACGCUGAAAAAGCUCCGAUCCUCCCGACUUCCGAUCUUCCAGCUGAUUAUGACUGGCGUGAACACGGCGCCGUCACCGGCGUAAAAAAUCAGGGUUCAUGCGGUUCAUGCUGGUCGUUCAGUACAACAGGAGCGGUGGAAGGAGCUCACUUUUUAGCGACGGGAGAGCUGGUGAGCCUUAGUGAACAGCAGCUUGUGGACUGUGAUCAUGAGUGUGACCCGGAGCAACAAGAUGCUUGUGAUGCAGGUUGCGGUGGUGGUCUUAUGACUACUGCCUUUGAGUAUACCCUUAAAGCUGGAGGUCUUCAACGGGAGAAAGACUAUCCUUACACUGGCAAGGAUGGCAAGUGCCACUUUGACAAGAGCAAAAUUGCUGCCGCUGUAACUAACUUCAGUGUUAUUGGUCUUGAUGAAGACCAAAUUGCUGCCAACCUGGUUAAACAUGGUCCUCUUGCAGUGGGGAUCAAUGCUGCUUGGAUGCAGACAUACGUCGGAGGAGUUUCAUGCCCAUUGAUUUGCUUAAAGCGUCAGGAUCACGGAGUGCUCUUAGUAGGUUAUGGUUCUCAUGGCUUUGCUCCUAUCAGACUCAAGGAAAAGGCUUACUGGAUCAUCAAGAAUUCAUGGGGAGAGAACUGGGGAGAGCAUGGAUAUUACAAGAUUUGCAGGGGUCACAAUAUCUGUGGAGUUGAUGCCAUGGUCUCUACUGUGACUGCUGCCCAUACUACUAAUCCUAACCUGUGAGAUGAACUUAUACCAGGAAUGUUGUCUGUGAUCAAGGGUUUUACUACAUUAUACUAAAUUGUGUAAAUAUGUUAUUCAGUAAUGUAUUAUGAACUCAAGUCUUAGAUUCCAUCAGCACUUUAUUAUCGUGCUUCAAACCACAUAAUGGUAUUUGUAUUUCUGUAGUUUAUACUGCAAAAAUGAAGUUCGAAUUUUAAAGUUGUUUGUAUAUUGAAUGCUCGAAAUGUCUAUUCCUUU